GCAACGUUGUAAAAGGAUCCCGACGCUCCCAAAAAGUCAGGAUCAUCUUGGCGCUCAUUGGUUGACUUUCAUGUCAAUCCGUCUUCUUCUCCGCCCAACAACAAUACACACAACGGUCAGUGUCGGAAGCUGCAUAUUGGAUGGUUUAAAACAACUUGCCCAAGAUGUCAGAGAGCUGCUCGAGAAAAACAAAGGCACCAUCCUUAAAGAUGUUAAUGUAACGAAAGGGUUUCUUGUGUGACGCCCAGCUAUAAGCGAGAUAUUAAAAAAAGUUGCCAAACUGGAGUGUGCUGAAGAAAGAAAGGACAGUUUGUCCCUGGUACACUGACCGUCGGUCUGUGAAGGAGAGGAAAAAAUGAAGUUCGCUCAGUUUUUGCUGAAAAACAGCUCAGUAGCUGGGAUCCCUAAACAAGUGGAGAGGUUUUCCAAGUUUUCCCCUUCUCCUUUGUCCAUGAAGCAGUUCAUUGACUUUGGCUCAGCCAAUGCAUGUGAGAAGACCUCCUUUGUGUUCCUGCGGCAGGAGCUUCCUGUCAGACUUGCCAACAUCAUGAAGGAAAUUGAUUUCCUCCCUGACAAGCUCCUCAGCACUCCUUCCUUAAAGCUCCUCACCAGCUGGUAUUCACAGAGUUUGUUGGAGCUUAUAGAGUUUUUAGAGGAAAACCCAGAUGAUAAGGACGUACUGACAAAAUUUACACAGGCUCUGGUUAGCGUCCGUAAUCGGCACAACAACGUGGUGCCCACCAUGGCUCAGGGUGUGGUGGAGUACAAGGAGGCCUUCGGCGUGGACCCCGUCACCAACCAGAACGUCCAGUACUUCCUGGACCGCUUCUACAUGAGCCGCAUCUCCACACGCAUGCUCAUGAACCAGCACACAUUAAUCUUCGAGGGCAGCGUGAACCCAGCCCAUCCCAAACACAUCGGCAGCAUUGAUCCCAGCUGUGACGUUGUGGAGGUAGUAAAAGAUGCAUAUGAGUCAUCAAAGAUGCUGUGUGAGCAGUAUUACCUGACCUCUCCUGAUAUGGAGGUCACAGAAGUAAAUUCCAAAAACCUUGGCCAGCCUCUCCACAUCGUCUACGUGCCAUCCCACCUCUAUCAUAUGCUGUUCGAACUCUUCAAGAACGCCAUGAGAGCUACAGUAGAGACCCAUGAGACGAGCCCGACGUUGCCCCCGAUCAAAGUGCGAGUUUCACUGGGCACCGAGGACCUCACUAUCAAGAUGUCUGACAGAGGAGGUGGAGUCCCUCUGAGGAAGAUUGAGCGCCUAUUCAGCUACAUGUACUCCACAGCUCCCAGUCCCGUCCACGCAGACAAUUCUCGUAACGCACCUCUGGCUGGUUUUGGUUAUGGCCUGCCCAUCUCCCGUCUGUAUGCCAAGUAUUUUCAGGGAGACCUGCAGCUCUACUCUAUGGAAGGUUAUGGCACCUCAGCUGUCAUAUAUUUGAAGGCGCUGUCCUCUGAGUCAGUGGAGAGACUUCCUGUUUUCAACAAGUCCGCCUUAAGGCAUUACCAGAGCAGCACAGAGGCUGAUGACUGGUGCAUGCCCAGCAAGGAUCCAAAGAAACUGGGCAAUUACGAGAGGAGUCGCUGAUGACGGACUGAUGGAGGUAGCGGAGGAAACUCUAAAAUAAUAGAAAUAAAUGAAGAAAUAAUAGAUUUAAGAAGAGGGUCCAUGUGGGGAGAAAUGGAUAAACUUGUACUGUAAGUGGGAGAAGGCAUGUUCCUGGACUUGGACUUCAGCAAUGUGGAAUCUGGAUUCCUUUCUCUCCCAAGAAAGAAGCCUAGAAGGAGAAAAUUGCUCAUCAUAUGGUAUCAAGAAUCAGAUAAAUACGCAGAAAUAACUAAGCUGAACUAUUACUGCCUGAGCAUGAUUUCAGAGCAGCCUCUGGGGCAAUUUAAUCCAACAAAAGCUCACCACAUUUCAUUUUAUUAUAUGACCAUUACAGGCUGAUGAUGGUAAUGGAACAAGUGAAGUAUUAAUCCCAUUUUAGCUAUAAUAACAUGGUUACACUGUGAAACAAGCAUGCAAGCUGUUUGUGUUGGUGCUCGUUAUUUUGUUUCAAAGUUUGUCAUUUAAAAAUAUUAAGACUAGCUUGGUAUGGCUGUAUUAUUAUUAUUGCAUUACAUUGAAUUGUAAAACUCAAAGCCCAGUGAAGGCUAGCUACAGUGGGGUCACUCAAGCUUAACAUGUUUGGUCCCAUCAUAAUCACAAAGGGUGCAAUGUUUGUUCUCCUUCUUGUUUCUUGUUCAUGUAGGCAUUUAUUUUUUUGUCUUGCAGCAUUGCUUCAUACACAUAACUUCUGCAUUUCAUCAUCAGUUCUCACACUACUGGAACAUUUCAGACACUAAAAGAAGGAAUUAACUCUUAACCAUCAAUGUAACUCAGUUGUGCCAUUUUUAGUCUUUAGCUUCUUCAGAGAAAUGUAAAUACAAUGUGAUCCUGUUAAACGAGGAUUCUGAAUGUCAGUAAACUACCUGCCCGAAGCCUUAAGUGUUGAACUCUGAGAUAAUUUUUGGCUGGACUUCAGGGACCUGCCCUAUAAACAUGAAUGUCUGUCCCCAGCUGACUGAGUGAGUCACUGACUGAGUGAUGAAGUUACGCCAUUGGUCAGGUGAGUGAUGUAACUUCAUCACUCGCCUCGGCCGGGUGUUGCCACUUCCUGUAUCUGUCAUUUCAAAUUAGCAUUUCAUACACUGUCAGUUCAGUUAAGUAGUUUAUUGUCCCACUGGGAGAAAUUUGGCUUGUAGCAGAACACAGGAAAAACAAUGAUAAUACACACAUAACAGUAUAACAAUAAAAUCUGUAAAAAGAUGGAUUUUGUACAGGAUUGGGUAAGACAAAGUGCUACAGUGUUAAGUGUGAGCAAAAACUGCAUAGGUGCAGGGAAACAUCUACGUUUGGUGCAAGUUAAGCAUGCGUUUUGCUAUAAGAACAAAGGAAAAUGGAAAUCUAUUGCACUUUGCCCUGGGAAACCUGUACCUCUCACCUGAAGAGAAAAGUUCAAAUGCCUCAAAGAGAGGAUGGUCUGCCAUAUACUAGCCAUAUACUAGGUUUUGACCUAAUCUUGUUAAACUUGGACUGAUGUGAAUAUCAGACGGUGUAUCGAAAAAUGUAAGCAUAAAUAUGCUUGAUAGAUGUACGUUUCCAUAAGGAAAAAUUAUAUGUGCUCUUCUGGAGAGGUGGAAUUGUUUAAACUUAGUAUUGCAAUAUAUUUGAAGUUACUAUGUAUGUUUGUGUGUAUGGUUGAAUUGUGAAUAAUUGAUACAGUAUUGUGAAUUCUGGGGUUGUCCUUUAGUUGUACGAAAUCCCAAUUUAGCCGUGAACUCCACAACACAUUUUCUCUGUUGACAUAAAGUCAACAUGAACUUUUUUCAGUGCUUUGUAAGAGUAACAGUGUAUAAUUGCACAGUGGAUCUCUACAUGUUGAUGGUAAUGGGAUAUUAUCACCGAAGUGCUUUGUAAUGACAUGUAUUGUUUAAAUACUUAUUUACUACCUACUCUACAGGGUUUGAAGGCCCGUGUUAAACCUGUAUGUUGUACUGCAGGGAACUGUGCUUCAGUACUGUACUAUAUGACAUACUUUGAGGCAUCAUACUCAGAUUUGUGUAGCAUGUUAUCUGUAUCUGAUAAAAUUAUACAUAGAGUCCAGUGUAAGAGACACAUAUGAACAACAUGGACAGGUGCUCAGACACUGAAACAGUACAACAGUUACUGCUGUUUGCAAGCUGUAUUACAGAUAUUGCGUUAUCUGUAAAAAAAAAAAAAAAAAAAAAAAACUUAACUAAAAAAAAAACACAUGUUCCAUCUCCUCAUUACACAACAGUCAUACUUUCCUAAAAUUUACUUCUUAAGUCCACCUUUGCCUAUUUUUAAGCUAUUAGAAUUGCAGUGAAAAAUCAAAUGUCUAUUAAAAUAAUAAUUUCACAAGUUUUAGAUUUUUAUGAUUGUCUCUGAAGUCAAUGUUUAGCAAUUGACAUUUCAUGCUGUAGUAACAUCACUCAAAGGCCAAGUGUUACUGUACUGAAGUUGUGGUUCACCACUAAAAAGGACCAGUAAAUGUAAAAAAUAAAAAUCUCACGUCACUUCUCAAUA